UAUUGAUAAAGAUCGUUUCGUUUAAUCAACACGUUUAGAUGAACAAUCUGGCUGCACAUUAAAGUAAAUUACAAUACAAGUACUUUUUUUCUUUUUGAGUUAAAAUAUCGAAAAAAAAUGGCUGAAGAGGUUAAGGAAGGAAAAGAUUUUACACUUGAAGCCGAUUCAGAGUUGCGUUUUGAAAUUGAAGAUAAGGAUGCAAAGGUUUAUGUAAUGCUUAUUUCUGGUUUUGCUGAAAUGUUUGGUACAGAAUUAGUAAAAAAGAAAAAAUACGAAUUUCGGACUGGCGCCAAAGUUGCAGUGUUUACUUAUCACGGAUGCGUUUUGAAUGUUAAUGGCAAAACUGAUGUGAGCUAUAUAUCAAAAGAAACACCAAUGGUGCAGUACCUGAAUUGCCAUGCGGCUUUGGAGCAAAUGCGUGCUAGCGCGGAGGAAAAAGAUGAACGUGGUCCGAUAGCAAUGGUUGUAGGACCGCUCGACGUAGGCAAGAGCACCUUGUGUCGCAUAUUUCUUAAUUAUGCGGUGCGGCUUGGCCGACGACCACUGUACGCGGAUAUUGAUGUAGGGCAGGGUGCAAUCUCAAUUCCCGGCACAAUAGCUACAAUACUUAUUGAGCGGCCUGCUAGUAUCGAAGAAGGAUUCUCACAGAUAGCCCCUUUAGUUUAUCACUUUGGACACAAGAGUCCAGGUAGCAAUAAUGUGCUUUACAAGUCGACAGUAUCGAAAAUGGCGGAGGUCACAUUGGAAUCGAUGAAUGUUAACAAGCGAACAAAAUACUCUGGUAUAAUUUUAAACACUUGUGGUUGGGUAAAGGGUGAUGGCUAUGCUCAUUUACUACACACUGCCCAGGCGUUUGAAGUGAAUGCCAUAUUUGUGUUGGAUCAAGAACGUUUGUAUAAUGAGUUGUUACGGGAUAUGCCAUCUUUUGUACGCGUGGUCUUACUACCAAAAAGUGGUGGCGUAGUAGAACGAAGUAGGGAUUUACGGAACGAGCAACGUGAUCUCCGUAUUAAAGAAUACUUUUAUGGACAUCGAACUCCUUUCUAUCCGUUUUCAUUUGAGGUGAAAUUUCAAGAUUUGAAACUGUACAAAAUUGGAGCACCACCGUUGCCUGAUUCAUGCAUGCCCAUUGGUAUGAAGGCAGAAGACAAUAAAACUAAGGUUGUAGCGGUAACACCCAGUCCCUCAUUACUGCAUCAUAUUUUGGCGAUUAGCUUUGCUGAAACUACAGAUGAGGAUGUCAUUGGAACUAAUGUGGCUGGUUUCGUUUGCGUUACUGAUGUGGACAUGGAGAGACAAACCAUAACUGUACUUUCACCUCAACCACGGCCGUUGCCUAAUAACGUGCUGUUAUUGUCGGAGCUGCAAUUCAUGGAUAUUGUUUGAAACACGGACCGAAAUUGAUACACACAUAUAUGUAUACAUAAAAUAUAUAUAUAUUUAAUUUUAAUUUUGAAAUUCUGAAAGUAGUUGUACUU